AUGGCAACCAUGACGUCUAGUUCACAUAGUGGGUAUCAGAGACUCGAUAAUGCGGCAUCGCUGUCGACGACGAUGCCGAUGUACCCUCCAGAUUAUAAUGAUUUGCAUAUAGAGCAGUUUGAGAUAGAAGAUCCGCAAACACCGGCAAGUGGUAUACUAGAUAGAGCACAUAAGUUUGCCAGUAAUUUCAAUACGAGGAUAUUACGUCCAGUCACGAGAAUUAUAGACCCGAUAUAUGAGGGGUAUAAAUACUUUCAGAUGCAGUAUGAAAGAUCGAUACUAAAGUUGGGCAACCCGUUGGUGGUGAAGCGGUUGUUAUAUGUUUCGUUUGUUAUGGUGAUUGUGUUUGGUAUUACGAAAUAUAGCGAUAACGAUUCGAUAAGUGGGGCCAGUGUGGGAGCAUUUACUAGAGGCCGGUUUUAUGAUAUUGAGAAAGUUGGCGAGUCUAUAACGCAUUUUAUUGAUCCAAAGGAGAUGAAAGAGCAUUUGGAGUACUUUUCGUCGAUCCCACAUAUUACGGGGACAAAAGGGGAUUUAGCAUUGGCCAAGUAUGUGCAGUCGUUUUUCAAAAAUAAUGGUCUACAUCAUGUAGAGUUGACUGAGUUGGAGAGUUUUACCAAUUAUCCCGAUAAAGCCAAUACGUAUUUGAGGCUUAAGGAUUCGUCAUUUGAGGCGGCAUUGUUUGAGCAGCACAAUGAAGGUAUGGAGUUUUUGGCAUUCAAUCCGAACUCGUUAAAUACAGACAAACCUAUUGAGGGUGGUUAUGUUUAUGUGAAUUACGGGGAGAGUGGGGAUUAUAAGAAGGUGAUUGAAGGUGGUGUUGAAGUGAAGGAUAAGAUUGUGUUGGUCAAGUAUGGUGGCAAGACGCCUGAACCUAAUAAAGUGUACAUUGCAGAACAACAUCAUGCCAAGGCAGUUGUGUUUAUCACGGAAAAGUAUACUGUGUCUGGCCAAGAAGUUGAUGAUGUGAUUCAGAGAGAGAAUGUUGGAUUGACGAGGAUGUCGCCGGGUGAUAUUUUGACUCCUGGCUGGUCUUCGGAAAACAUGUAUGUGACAAGGUUGGCGUGGGACAAGUCGGAGACAACACCAAAGAUACCAUCCAUCCCCGUGUCGUGGAAGGACGGCGAGGCAUUGCUCAGGAAGUUGUCGGGAGGUAUUGACUUUGAUGGGUAUAAGAGUGGUGAUGGCAAAUCGCCCGCACUUCAGCUUAGCAUAAACAAUAUUGAUCGGCCAAUGCACCAGGUGUGGAAUGUUGCUGGUUCUAUUGAAGGGAGAGAGCAGAAUGAAAAGGGGGUUAUAAUAGGAGCCGCUAGAGAUUCGGGGUGUUAUGGUACGUUGGGAAGUAAUACCGGAACGGUGGCGUUGUUGGAGAUGGUAAAGAUAUUUACGUCGAUGCAGAGAAAGUACCUGUGGACGCCGUCGAGGUCGAUUUUUUUUGUUUCGUUUGAUGCAACUGAGUAUAAUUUGGCAGGUGCAGCUGAGUGGAUUGAGAAUAGGAGGGAGGCGUUACGCAAAGAAGGGUAUGUGUAUAUUGAUUUAAGUGAUUUGGUGGCGGGGGACAAGUUGUCGAUAAAUGCCAAUCCGUUUUUGCAUGAAGUGAUUAGCAACUGCUUGCAGAAGGUUAAGACAGGAGAUGGGCCUGAAGAUACGUUGUACCAUUUGGCAAAGAAACAGAAUGGCGACCGCGUGGUUAUGAGAAACGAUUUUCUUGAGACGAAAAACUAUGUUCCAUUUAUAAACUAUGUGAAUAUUCCUUCGAUGGAGGUUAAGUUUACCGGGGAGAGGUAUCCGCACAAUUCGUGUUUUGAUAGUUUUGACAAUUUUGAGACAAGUGGUGUUGAUCCGAAAAUGGCCAAGCACGCACAGAUGGUUGAACUUUUAUCGAGGAUAGUUUUGGAGUUUGCAGAGAGUCCUUUAAUUCCGUAUAAUUUCCGUGAUUUUACUAGACUGUUGGAGAUGUUGGAGCAGGAUUUAGAGAGGUACGCCGAGCAGAAUGGCCAGCCGGUGUUGCAUUUUGAUGGGUUGAAACGUGCGUUGAACUCGUUGAAACUGGUUAGUGAAAGCUACCAGGAAUGGGCCCGCGAAUGGAAACAAUUUAUCCACGAAUCUGGCGGGAUGGAGCCUACCAUCCAUACCAUGCUGCGAUGGAGGUGGAAUGACAAUAUGGUUGAGUUUAAUGGUCAGUUUUUAACUAGAGAAAUCCAGCGUAAACGUGCUGGCUACAAGAAUAUACUUUUUGGGGUGCCGUUUAUUGCGCCUACAACUAGAGAUGAGUUUGAUUGGAAUAGUUUCCCGUUUGUGCGGCACUAUAUUUCCCAGAACGAUUAUGGUCUGGCGCAGAAUGAGAUUAAUAAGGUGGCGCUGGUUUUGGAAUCGGCAGCGUUGAAUUAUCGGGACUUGAGCUAG